UUCACUCUUCCGGGGCUGGGGCUGCUCGGUUCCAUCACGAGACUGCACCAUGAGUGGACUCUGGUGGAAAUUCCACCAUGCCUACGCAAGUCACCGCAUGGACCUCUCGCCCCAUAAAUUGAGGGGCUGCUGAUGGUCUCAGCAUCAGACAGCAAAGAGCCUUCCAAGCUUCCCUUGCCUGCUCCAGCUCCAGCCACCACUUCUUCACCGAUAUGAAGGUGUCUGUGGUUGCCCUGGCCAUCCUCAUCGCUGCCUUCUGCUACCAGACCUCUGCUGCUCCACUUGGCUCUGAUCCACCAACCUCCUGCUGCUUCUCCUACAUCUCCCGGCAGCUGCCCCGCAGCUUCGUGACGGAUUACUAUGAAACCAACAGCCAGUGCUCCCAGCCUGCUGUCGUGUUUAUCACCAGGAAGGGCCGGGAAGUCUGCGCCAACCCCGUGGAGGACUGGGUCCAGCAGUACGUGAAUGAGCUGGAGCUGGACUGAGGUCCUGGACAAAUCCAGCUGCUCCAUGUCCCCAGCUGCCGGGAUGGGCGAGCAUGACCAGCUGGGGUCCAUUGGAAAUGCUUCAAUGUCAUUUAGAGCUAGCUGAGAAACUGAAAACAUUCCAAAAUCCAACUUAAUGUUGUGCUAUUUAAUUUUUUAUAGGGGAGGGAUCAGGUGCAAUAACUCUGAGAUAAAAAAUAACUUUAUUUAAUAUAUGUAUUUUUUUUAAUGUAGACUCAGGUCGUAUUUUCUGUAUUUAAGUACAUGUAUUUUUGACAUAAAAUUCAAUUCAGAUGUCAAUAAAUGAAUAUUUUUGUAAGAA